ACUUGCAAUGAAUGGCUGUGAGGAGGCCACCUCCCACUGAGCAGUGAGCAUCCAUCAGAGUUCCCCAAGGUUUCCCGAUUCCUCUCUCAAUCACUGCUUAAUCACUGUCCGUGAGCUCGACAACUUCCAAAUUGCAAGCUGUCCCUCCUAAAGAUGCAAUCUUUGGGCAUUUGCCCUGUGAAGGGCGAUUCUUGGGCGAUACCCAGAAAGAAACUACCCAAGAGAAGGGCACCCGUCAAUGGUCCGCAGUGUAGUAGUUGUUAUUUCUUGAUGGUGUUCAGCAAUUCAGCCAGAUUCAGUAGUAAUAUUGUCAGCUGGGGUUGUUCUGGAAGCGCGAAUUUUCGUAAUGGGUUAGGGCUAUUUGUCCCAAGAGAAUGUUCUCGUGCGCCUGACAGUGCGUCUUUUGCAUUGGCAUGGGCAAUGGGGGAACAGCAAUCUGCCAGUAGUGAAAUAGGUAAUAGUUGCAAUAGGGUGGAUGUAUUAUCAGGGAAAAUGGGGAGUGAAGAUGAUGUUGGUGAGGAAGAGAAGCCUGUUGGUAGCCCGAGUGAGGGAGAGGAGAAUGAGAGAAUUGAUGUUCGAGCGUUGACAGAGAGUUUGAGUAUGGCAAAAAGUGCGGAAGAUGUGGAAGAAGUACUGAAGGAAAAGGGGCAAUUGCCCCUUCAGGUCUUCUCGUCGAUGAUCAAAGGUUUUGGCCGUGACAAUAGGAUGCACUCUGCUCUGGCAGUUGUGGAGUGGCUUAAGAGAAAGAAGGAUGAAACUAAUGGCUUAAUCAGCCCGAACCUCUUCAUUUACAACAGUCUCUUGGGUGCAGUGAAGCUUUCAAAGCAGUUUGAUUAUCUUGAUGAAAUCAUGGAAGAUAUGGGAAAUGAAGGCGUGAUUCCUAACGUUGUCACUUAUAACACACUGAUGGUGAUAUAUAUCGAGCAAGGGCGACCUCAGGAAGCCCUAGACAUUCUAGACGAAAUUCCAAAAGCAGGCUUUGCUCCGACCCCGGUGUCUUAUUCAACUGCCCUGAUGGCUUAUCGGAGAAUGGAAGAUGGGAAUGGGGCCCUAAAGUUCUUCGUUAAAUUCCGAGAGAAGUUCAGGAAUGGUGAAAUACUGAAAGAUGGAGAGGAGGAUUGGGAGACUGAAAUUGUGAAGCUUGAGAACUUUACAAUUCGUAUCUGCUACCAGGUGAUGAGAAGGUGGCUUGUCAAUGAUGGAAACCUGAGCGGAGAUGUACUAAAUCUCCUCAGCAAUAUGGACAAGGCUGGGCUCGCGCCCAGUUGUUGUGACCUUGAGCGGCUUGUAUGGGCUUGUACACGAGAAGAGCAUUACAUUGUUGCCAAGGAAUUGUACACUCGGAUAAGGGAGAGAUACUCUGACAUUAGCUUGUCUGUUUGCAACCACGUGAUUUGGGUCAUGGGCAAGGCCAAAAAAUGGUGGGCUGCGUUGGAAGUUUACGAGGACUUGUUGGACGAUGGCCCCGAGCCCAAUAACAUGUCGAAUGAACUUAUCAUCUCUCAUUUCAACGUUCUCUUGUCUGCGGCGAGAAAGAAGGGAAUUUGGAAAUGGGGAGUCAACUUGAUUAAUAAGAUGGAGGAUAAGGGUCUAAAGCCUGGUAGCAAAGAAUGGAACUCAGUCCUUAUUGCUUGCUCCAAGGCCUCUGAAACUUCUGCUGCUAUAGAGAUAUUCAAGCGAAUGGUUGAAAAGGGUGAAAAGCCGACUAUUAUCUCUUAUGGGGCUUUGCUUAGUGCCCUUGAGAAGGGCCAACUCUAUGAUGAGGCUCUCAAGGUGUGGGACCACAUGAUCAAAGUCGGCGUGGAGCCCAACUUGUACGCCUACACAACAAUGGCCUCAAUACUUACGGGGCAGGGGAAUUUCCGGAGACUUGAUGCCCUCAUCCGAGAAAUGGUCUCUCUAGGCAUUGAACCUACUGUUGUUACUUAUAAUGCAAUCAUAAGUGGGUGUGCAAAGACUGGCUCGGGAAGCUCAGCAUAUGAGUGGUUCCACAGGAUGAAAGUUCAGGGCAUUUCACCAAACGAGGUUACUUAUGAGAUGCUUAUAGAAGCUCUUUCUAAAGACGGGAAGCCGAGGCUCGCCUAUGAUCUUUACGUGAGGGCCCAAAAUGAGGGGCUUAGUUUAUCAUUCAAAGCAUAUGAUGCUGUUUCGAGGUCGGCGAAAGGAUAUGGAGCCGGUGUGGAUUUGAAUGCCCUUGGGCCUCGGCCUCCCGACCCUAAGAAACAGAAACUUCUCGAAGUUUCUGGGAGGAGAAACUCAAGCGAGUUCUAUGAUUCUUCACAUGUUCAAAGAGGAAGCACACAUUCCAUGAAGUGUGAAUUUGGAGAAUAACGUACUAAUAGCAACAGAUUACGAAUGAUUUUCUUGUAAAAUUGUACAUUCUACAGGAUACUGGGUUUCCUCAGAAUGUCUUAUAACAGGAGGCAGUUCUUGUUCCUUUUACAGCAAAUGAUGAUUACUUGGUUAGAAUGCUUCUCGGUUUGAUGUAACAUUUCCUGCUAUUCCGUAAGUAAUCUCAAGACAGAAUUUUUGGAUAUAUAAAGAGGAUAUAUGACUUGAAUUUCUUGUUUUUA